UUUCUUAUAGUCUGUUCACAUUUUCCAACCAACACGGUUGCGCACGAUUAAUUCAAUGAAACCGCCUCCCGGCAAGUAGAUCCAGCGGGGAAGUAACUCCUCCGCUUCGCGCGGCUCGUGACCUAGUUAGAAGCCAGCAGACGACAGUACCUUGUAUUAUUUAUUUCUGUGCAAGCAUGUUUCGUUUCAUGCAUGGCGAGGCAGAGGGAGAGCUUUGACCUAGGUCGACUAUUUUCUUUUUAUCUAAAACACAAUUUUAACACACACAGGCCAGCAUAGAGUUCGUGUGACCCACAUUUUUAUUUCAGCGGUUUACUUACAAGAAUUCUUUACAACAGCCACCAGCGACAGUGCCGGAGCAGCCCUAUGAUGUACGGCUUGUUUGUGUAGACAGACCAGACCAGUCUUGAACCCGCCACACGAUGGAGAGAAACACCACCCCCGCCCCGCCCCUCAACCACACGGACUCCUCACACUUUGUACCCUUUUCAGAUGAAUUUUUUCAAAACUUAACGGUAGCGGAGACCAUUUUCGUCGUUGUUUGUGCCUUGGUCACCAUAGCAACGCUUGCCAUCUUCGUGGAGGAAGUCGUGUAUGUGACCCGUCACUACAAGACAAGUAAUGACAUUAAGAUCAAAACCUUACAAGUCCUCAGCAUUCUCCCGGUUAUCUCCCUUGUUGCCUUCCUAGCACUUUGUAUUCCAAGGGCGAAUACCCCGUGUCAUUUGAUUAUCUUCACGUACAUCUCAGUAACAUUGUAUAACUUUGUGAACCUGAUGAUCCUCUACUGUGGUGGCCUGAAGCAGAUGCUGCCUGUCCUGAAGGAUGCCACAAUUGAGCUUCAGUCUCCUCCAUUCUGCUGUUGUUGUCCCUGUCUGCCAUCAAAGCAUGUCACACAGCAAAAUGUGCAGAGGUUAAUUAUUUUGGUCCUGCAAAGUGCCCUAAGUCAGCCAAUUUUUGCAGCUCUCUCCCUUUUCUUGUGGAUAGAUACUAAAUAUACCAAAGGAAAAAUAAGUCUUACAGAUUCAUACCCCUAUAUUACAUUUUUCAGUCAAGUUUCAUUUUUAUUGAGUCUUUAUGGAUUCAUCAUGUUUUUUGGUGUCUGCAAAGUAUAUCUCAAGCCAGUAUUUAUUUUGGUGAAAUAUUUGUCAGUGCAAUUGAUAGUCUUGGUGUGUCUUUUACAAGAAGCUGUGUUUUCUAUCUUGGCCAAGUUUGGCCUGCCUGCUUCUCGAGGAAUUUUAUCCUCUGAUGUGAGAGGCGAAGCUUACUUCUUGAUGGCCGUGAUCAUACAGGUGAUGCUUUUAUCUGUGUUGAGCCGUCACGUGUAUCGGCAUCCCCAUGAUCAAAUAAGGAAACUCAACACAGACCAUGAUCAAAAUGAUGGAAACAAUACCAACCAUGACACAAUCAAAUGUAAAAUAUUGCCUGGAGAUGAGACAGAAAGCACAAGGGCAUUAACUUCAGACCUGAUCAGUGAUCAAGAUCUUAAUAAUCCUGCAAUACCAGUCUGAUAGCUCGGACCCAACAAUAGAGCCCUCAACUAAAUCUGAACUGGUUGUUUUGAAAUUCAACUUUUAUUGUAGAUGGCUCUAUGUGAAACUCUCCACUAAUGUGUGUCCAGAACUGGACAUUGAUAUUUAAUUUCUUGUAAUGUUCAUGUUUCAAUGAGAUUUCAAGAAAUAUUUUUGUUUAUUAUUUAAACUGAGAUUAGAAAAAAAAAACCUAAUAAACUGUUGGGUAUCAUUUUUUAAAUUAAAAUAUUUUAUUAUAUUAUAACCAAUAAUUGCAUUGUUUCACUGUUGAAAAAAAACCACAGCAUCAGUUAAAGUUGAUGACUACUCACCAAGAACUAUGGAGAUUGACAUGUUUCACAAUUCAAAGUGCUACAGGAAUAAUAUAAUCUGGCAAGUUCCUAAUUGUUACAGGAACAAUGUUAUGUUGACUGAUAAGUUUUAAAAAUUAUAAGUUUUACCAGAACAAUGUUGAUUGAAAAGUUAAUUUGUAUGUUAAAGUUCAAUGAAUUU